AUCUCCGUGGUACCCGCCACCUCCUCACUUCCCAGCAUUCCUUGCCUGGGAUCCCUGUGGCCUUGAAACAAUCCAUUGACCUGCGUACAUCCAUGGACGGGAAAUACAAGGAGAUUGCCGAAGAGCUGUUCUCCCGCAGCCUGGCAGAGAGUGAGAUGCGCAGUGCACCCUAUGAAUUUCCUGAGGAUAGCCCCAUCGAACAGCUGGAGGAGAGACGUCAACGCCUUGAGCGGCAGAUCAGCCAAGAUGUCAAGUUUGAACCUGACAUCCUUCUGCGAGCCAAACAGGAGUUCAUGAAGACUGACAGUGCCACUGAUCUCGAAUAUAUGAAGGAGCAGAGCCAAGCUCCUGACCUGCAGGAGAGAGAGCUUGUCCCAGAGAGGGAGUACCAGAGAGUCACUAUUUCUGGAGAGGAAAAAUGUGGGGUUCCCUUCACAGAUCUGUUGGAUGCCGCCAAAUGUGUGGUGAAGGCUCUGUUCAUUAGACAGAAGUACAUGGGUCUGUCGCUGCAGAGCUUCUGCAGGACCACUUCUCGUUACCUGCAGGAGCUGAGUGAGAGACCCCUAGACCUGGAUAUUUAUGAGGAGGAGAUCCCAGAGACCACAGAGACAGCAGAUGCCACGGUGCACCCACCUGUUUCUGAAACGCACCCGUACGAGAACCAGGACCCUGCCAGCAUGCCCCCUGACAUGGGCUACGGCUGCAAGAUGGUGCAUGGUGUCAUGCAUGUGUACACAACAAGGAGCACUAUGGAAAAGAGCACAGAGCUGGACCUGCCAUAUCCAGACCUUCAGGAGUACAUCGCUGACAUGAAUGUCAUGAUGGCCCUCAUUAUCAACGGCCCAGUAAAGUCCUUCUGCUACCGUCGUCUACAGUAUCUCAGCUCCAAGUUCCAGAUGCACAUCCUGCUGAAUGAGAUGAAAGAGCUAGCAGCACAGAAGAAAGUCCCACAUCGAGACUUUUACAAUAUCCGUAAGGUUGACACACAUAUCCACGCCUCGUCCUGUAUGAACCAGAAGCAUCUUCUGCGUUUCAUUAAAAGGGCCAUGAAGAAGUAUCCUAAGGAGAUUGUUCACGUGGAAAGAGGCAAGGGUCAGACGCUCAUGGAGGUGUUUGAGAGCAUGAACCUGACGGCCUUUGACCUGAGUGUGGACACCCUGGACAUGCACGCAGACCGUAACACUUUCCAUCGAUUUGAUAAGUUCAAUGCCAAAUACAAUCCUAUCGGCGAGUCCAUCCUGAGAGAGAUCUUCAUCAAAACAGACAACCACAUCGAGGGGAAAUACUUUGGUCACAUCAUUAAGGAGGUGAUGGCUGACCUGGAGGAGAGCAAGUACCAGAACGUGGAGCUCAGGCUGUCGAUCUACGGGCGCUCCAGAGACGAGUGGGACAAACUGGCCAAGUGGGCCGUCAAACAUCAGGUCUACUCCAACAACGUGCGCUGGCUUGUGCAAGUGCCACGACUCUUUGACGUCUACCACACGAAGAAACAACUGUGCAACUUCCAAGAGAUGCUGGAGAAUAUCUUCAUGCCUCUGUUUGAGGUUACAGUCAACCCUGGCAGCCAUCCAGAGCUGCACCUCUUCCUUCAGCAUGUUGUGGGUUUUGACAGUGUGGAUGAUGAGUCGAAACCAGAGCAACAUAUCUUCAACCUGGACAGUCCACUGCCAGUCAACUGGACAGAGGAGGACAACCCACCCUAUUCCUACUACCUCUACUAUAUGUAUGCAAACAUGACUGUGCUGAAUCACCUGCGCAGGCAGCGGGGGUUUCACACGUUUGUCCUACGUCCUCAUUGCGGGGAGGCGGGGCCAAUCCAUCACCUGGUGUCUGGGUUCAUGUUGUCAGAGAACAUCUCUCACGGGCUGCUGCUCAGGAAGGCUCCUGUGCUGCAGUAUCUGUACUACUUGGCUCAGAUAGGCAUCGCCAUGUCCCCUCUCAGCAAUAACAGCCUAUUCCUCAGCUACCAUCGCAACCCUCUGCCAGAGUACCUGUCUAGAGGCCUCAUGGUCUCUCUGUCCACAGACGACCCUCUGCAGUUCCACUUCACCAAGGAGCCCUUGAUGGAGGAGUACAGCAUUGCUGCUCAGGUGUGGAAGCUGAGUUCUUGUGACAUGUGUGAGCUGGCCAGAAACAGUGUGCUGAUGAGCGGAUUCUCUCACAAGGUAAAGAGCUACUGGCUUGGUCCAAACUACAUCAAGGAGGGACAGGAGGGUAAUGACAUCAGACGCACCAACGUUCCCGACAUCCGCGUGGCGUACCGUUACGAGACCAUGUGUGAGGAGCUGAAUUUAAUCACACAGGCCAUUCGCACAGACGAGCUGGAGACCAUCGAGGAGGAGGGCAGUCUGUGCAUGGGAUCUGUGCAGGCAGACAAGUGAACAUGCAGCACAACACAAAACAAAAUUCUCACUACAUUCCCUGUUUUCACAUCAGGAACUUUGUAAAGAUUUGCAUAUCAACAUAUCACGCCUGUGAAAAGAGAAAAGCUUUGUUAUAAGACUGUGAGAGUUGCUACCAUGGCAAUAUGACAGAGGACCUACAAUCUUUGUACCCAAGGUGGUUACUUCUUUUUUCUUGAAGUCUUUCUUUUCUUUGUUUCAUUUCUUUGUUUAGUUUGUCAUGGUGAUUUCACAAUGUCUCUUGAUCUAUUUAUUUUUAAAAAUAUUAUAUUUUUAGUGGUUUGCAACCACAUUUUGUCAGAGGUUUUGAACAAAGCCUGCAUUUCCUUUAGUAAGCCUUGAAUGAUAUUGACAUUAUUCAGCCCAUUAAUAAAACUUAUACACUGGAUACAAACACUGACCGACUGAAGUAAGAAGACAAUUGGAAAGUUAAAAGGCUACAUCCAGGGCUGUGGCUAACACUGAGAACACUGAGGUCAUGUUUGUGCUACCUUUACAGGCAAAUCUGGGUUUUUUGUGACCUUAGGACAUUCUACAUUUGAAAACUUAAUAAUGGAUUGACAACCCAACCCAGAGGAAUUUCUUUGAAAGAACUUCAAACUUGCAAAUAUAAUUGAACAGCUGAGUAAAUAAAGUGUGAACAAUUCAAAUAAUGAAAUAACAUUUGUUGGGUGUGAUGCAUGUGAUGCGAAAACCUAGGCUUACAGACUAUCCCUAGUCAAGUUAAACUAGUGUUUCGGGUCAAAUCAGGAACACUACAUAAAUCUUUGUUUGGUACGGUUGACAUUUUCUACUGUAAUCAUUCACAGGACAAUACCUCAUGCUGUAUAACUGGCAGAAAGCUUCACAUCUUCUGUAUUUCCCUUACUGGAAAUGAUAUUAACAACAUAUUUUCCACUGCUGCUCCUUGUGAUAUUCUUGCUGGGUUUUUUUUUUUUUACAGUCUUUACAGUGAUUAAGUAGGAUUGCAUGAAGGCACGUCAAUACUUGUUUUCUGGUGUGCAGUAAUGCUAUUCCUUUGUAGCAUUCUAUUGUACUAACUCUUAUUUUGUGACAGUGUUUCUACAGACAGUCUGAACUUUACACACAAAUAUUUAAAAUACGUACAUUUCUGAGUCAUAGUCCAGUGAAUCAUGCAUGAUGAUCCGUUUCAGAGAACUGAAAGUGGACUAACUUGACAACCCUUUCUUAAACUCCACCCUUCAGUUUGGGUCCUGAUGUUUUAGUAGGGCUACUUGUUGCUAUUCAAAGCAUUACAUGCCCCC